AUGUUCGCGUUUUGUGCAAUCGACUCCGACGACAUCUUUCUUGGUCCCUUUCUUGGUCCCAUCUCACCACGCGACCUGACGGAAGUCAGGUCAUUUCCGGAUGCUGUGUGGCUCUUCACAGAUGCCGCACCCGCAGAAGGAGUGGCCGAUGGUGUGGGCGAGUGGCAGUGGCGUUUCGGUCUCGAUCCUCGCGCCUUUGCCGACGAGUUGAUGAACGGGGCGAAGAUCGCUGGAGAACAGACACAGCACCAGGUGGGUUUGGCAGCAGAGACACGGGCACAGUUGAUGCUCUCGGAGGGUUACCAGGGCGUCACUUCCUUCGGUUCCGCUACGGCGUUGGUCGCCGCACUCGAUCCCUCUGAAGCCAAGCUCGGGGUGGCCAACUUGGGCGAUUCGGGACUCAGGGUCCUACGCUGGAGCGACGGAUUUUCCAAAAAGCCUCGGGGUGUGCACAUUGCAUGUCGCACGUCGGAGCAGCAACAUGCGUUCAAUUGCCCGUAUCAGUUGGCACAUCUUCCACAACCCAAGGAUUACGCGGACCUAAAGGCCAAAGGCAUGGCUUCCCUUGUGCGAGCCAUGGAGAAGUCGGGCACUUCCAAACAGGAUCUACCAUCGCAUGCGGACGCCUAUACCUUUGAGGUGGAGGAAGGCGAUGUGGUGCUUAUGGGCACCGAUGGCAUUUUCGACAACCUUCACGAUUCAGAGGCGGACUUCACCUGCGAAGUAAGAUCUGGGGAGUUUUGUUCAGGAAUGACCAAACAUGCGAAUCAAAAUGACAAACGCCAAAUCACACCAACAAGAAAUGUACACUUAAGCAAUCAAACAUGUUAA